AUGGCAUCCGUUAUGCUCGGACCCUUGCUACUCGCCCUUCUGGUGCAAGAUGGUGCUGCUGCUAUCAUGGGCGCACCACGGGCUGCAAUUACCCCAGCACCAGUGCUAAAGAGGGCCGUCACUACCAUUGGAUACAUCUCUACACGAGAAUACGAUGGCACUACGUACUGGGACACAAUCACAGCCAAUGAACAGGGCAACGCAAUUGCCACAUCCAGCAACCUGUUCCAGAUCUGUGACCCAGCAAAACCAUGCACGUUCUUUUCCUGCUCAGGUGACUAUGUCAUUAUGCCUUCUUCCUCAAUCUUUUGUGGAGGAGCAUCUAGCACGUGUAGUUACUGGGAAUUGGCCACGGACAUCAACGACAAAAACCCACUGACGAACUACUGGUGCGAUGCCAAGACGAGUGUUGGAGGCAUCAUCUACAGGACAACGCCCGAAGCCGCAGUAGCAACAAGCAUAUCGGCCAGGACUACUUCCAACAAUAUACCCUCCAUAACCUUCACAUCAGCCACCAACAUAGCAACGGAUGUGACAUCCAUUGCUAGCUCAGGGCCAGGCUUGGGCGAAACCAACGAUGGUGGAAGCUUGAAUAAAGGUAAAAAGAAAGACUCAACACCAAUAGGACCCAUAGUCGGCGGUGUCGUCGGCGGUAUCGCAGUUCUAGCCGCCAUAGUCAUCGCCGUCUGGAUCAUCCUCAAACGCAAGAAGAAGAACAAGACGGACAACAACAUCACUCAAACCGCACAAGGCCCUCCCGCUCCUCCUCCCGCAAUGCAACAAAACGCUCAACAGCCUCCCGCAGGCGUCCAAUACUACCACGAACAAAAGCCCGUUCCACAACCACAGGUGCAGCAAGUACCUCCUCCCCAGCCAUACGGUCACUACGACCCCAACGCUCAACAAGCCCCGGCUCAACCCUUCUACGACCCCAAUGCUCAAACGGCAUAUGCGCAGCAGUCGCAAGCCGGAUAUGGCGCGCCUUCUCCCGACAAGAUUCCCGCACCCUUGGCUACCGGCCAGCAGACGCAUUCAUAUUACGCGGAUAACGCGCCGGUUAGUCCUGUGCCGCAGUAUUCGCCUAGCCCAUCACCCGCGAUCCCAGCCAAUGUGAGUGAGUUGUCGAGUGGAAGAAUGUAA